AUGCCGGGAUUGAAUUGGGCCGAAGUUGACGCUGCCACCGUCGCAUGCUUCAGCACUAAGUUUCUGCAAACUGAGCUCAUUCGCCGCGGAAUCGAUGCUGCCGGGUACAAGAGACGACCUGAUUCAACGUUUGACAGCGUGCCUGGAGGAAGCUCGUGCAGCGAUUCCGAAAGCACCGAGACCAGCCUCAGCGCCAGCUUCCUCGACCAGAGUGCAAUUCCCUGCCUCGCCCCCGACGGGUCCAAGAUAACUAUAGUGACCAAGUCUGCAAUCAAGAAUCUUCCUCUGAUGCCCUGGACACGCGAGCCCCUAACCGUUGUUGGUGGAUCAAGUGUGCAUCCCGAAGGCACGGUCUGCCUGAAGAUUACAGUGGGCCCCAUAACAGCUCUAGUGGAAGCCGCUGUGAUCAGCAAUAAUGUCUUGCCAGUGAUACUGGGUGAAGAUUGGUUUCGUGCCAGCAAUACAAGACUCGUGUUCGAGCCUCCAAAUCCAGCUGAAAUCCACCAUCUGGCCUCUGGUACAGUCAUACAGGCACACCAGAAGCUGUAUCCACGUGCCUCAUGCGCAGCGGAUGGUUCCGUCGCCGUGACCCGGGGAGAACUCUUCGUCCUAAUGCAACGCUAUGCAGCGGGCUUCCAAAAGCAUGGCGUACAGCCUGGAGACCGAGUAUGCGUGCACCUCGCGAACAGUGUGAACAACUUUGCGGCCAUGUGGGGAUGCGUCUUCGUUGGAGCAAGUGUCACGCUUGCGAGAGCAUCUCUCGCCGCACGCGAACUGCACUACCAACUGAUUGACAGCGACAGCACUCACAUUCUCACGGAGGACGCUUUCGCUGAAAAAGUACUGAAGGCGGCAACUUCAGUAAAGCUGAAGGGAUUCUUUACCACGGGUGUCGCGGGAGGGUUUGUAUCAACGGCCACAUUUCCCGAGCUCGAAGAGGCUUUGUUUCGUGAGGUUCCCGUCGAAGAUCCAAGAAACUGCGUGCUCGGUAUCUGCUACACAUCAGGUACCACAGGUCUGCCCAAAGGAGUGGUCGCCACCCACUACGCCGUCGUCGCAAAUAUGGCGACUGCAGGGCCCUGCUUACCCUGUGACGCCAGCGACGUGGUUCUUGAUACGGCCCCUAUAACACAUGGCUCCGGCUUCAACUCCAUCACUUUCGGAGUGCUACUGGGCGCCACCAUCGUUAUGGCAAGAUCCGGUGUCACUUUGACACGCAUCGACCAGCUCGUCAGCCAGUACAAGGUGACCGCCAUUAGUGUUCCGCCGGCACACUUACGGGCGGUUCUAGCCGAGAUGAAGAGCUCGGGAAACCCGCUCAAGGGCGUCCGCCGCAUCGGCAUCGGAGGCGGCGUGUUUCCAGAAGCCUACAAGGAAGCGCAAAGCGCGUUUGUCGACUUUGAGUGUCUGACGAACGCAUACGCUAUGAGUGAGUGUAUGGGGAUCGUAUGCUCACCUUCCAUUCACGCGGUCACUGGCAUAGACGUUGGAUUCCCAGCUCCAUCGUUGGAAAUCAAGGUUGUCGAUAUACUGACGCGAAAGAAGCUUGGACCGAACCAGGUUGGAGAGAUUUGCUUUCGCACUCCAAUGGUAAUGAAGGAAUACUACAAGAGGCCAAAACAGACCGCUGAGGUCUUCGAUCAGGAAGGCUGGUGCAAGUCAGGAGAUGCCGGUUACUACGACGAAUAUGGCAGGGUGUACAUUGUACAGCGGCUGAAGGAAAUGAUCAAGUGCAUGGACACUCAGGUGGUGCCCGGUGAACUAGAGGAGCUGCUCUAUGAAGAGCACUCGGAGUACAUCUCCGAGGUUGUCGUAGUGGGACUGCCACAUCCUGAAUACGGACAGGCACCGGCUGCGGUAGUAGUGCUCAAGCAGCCAAGUACCAGCGAACAUCAGGCUCAUGACAUUGCCCAGAAGAUCAAAGCAACGAUUUCAGAUAACUUGGCUGUGAACAAGCGCCUUUACGGAGGGGUGUUUUUCAUGGAGACACUACCGAAGACUGGAACUGGAAAAGUCAAACGAAAUCGCCUGGUCGAAGAGUGCGCCCGUAGAAUGGCGCUUUGAAGUUAUUGUAACGUAAGCCUAAGGGCGGCGCAAUAAAAUUUGACCACGUUUCUUUU